CCUCGUGGCAGGCGGUGGCGGCGCAGGCUGAGGGGCGGCAGCGGCGCUGAGGGGCUGGCAGGGCCGGCGGGGCGGACGGGCAGUCGGGAUAGUCGGGGCAGCAGGGCCACGGCCAUGGGGGGCUUGAAGGACGAGCUGCUCAAGGCCAUCUGGCACGCUUUCACCGCGCUCGACCUGGACCACAGCGGCAAGGUCUCCAAGUCUCAGCUCAAGGUCCUUUCCCAUAACCUGUGCACGGUGCUGAAGGUUCCACAUGACCCUGUUGCCCUUGAAGAGCACUUCAGGGAUGAUGAUGAAGGACCUGUCUCCAAUCAGGGCUAUAUGCCAUAUUUGAACAAGUUCAUUUUGGAAAAGGUCCAAGACAACUUUGACAAGAUUGAAUUCAAUAGGAUGUGUUGGACUCUCUGUGUCAAAAAAAACCUCACAAAGAGCCCCCUGCUCAUUACAGAAGAAGAUGCAUUUAAAGUAUGGGUUAUUUUCAACUUUUUAUCUGAGGACAAGUAUCCAUUAAUUAUUGUGCCAGAAGAGAUUGAAUACCUGCUGAAGAAACUUACAGAAGCUAUGGGAGGAGGUUGGCAGCAAGAACAAUUUGAACAUUAUAAAAUCAACUUUGAUGACAAUAAAGAUGGCCUUUCUGUGUGGGAACUUAUUGAGCUCAUUGGAAAUGGACAGUUUAGCAAAGGCAUGGAUCGUCAGACAGUCUCCAUGGCAAUUAAUGAAGUUUUUAAUGAGCUUAUAUUAGAUGUGUUAAAACAGGGUUACAUGAUGAAAAAAGGCCAUAGACGGAAAAACUGGACUGAACGCUGGUUUGUACUAAAACCCAACAUAAUUUCUUAUUACGUGAGUGAGGAUCUAAAAGAUAAGAAAGGAGACAUUCUCUUGGAUGAAAAUUGCUGUGUAGAGUCCUUGCCUGACAGAGAUGUAAAGAAAUGCCUUUUUCUUGUAAAAUGUUUUGAUAAGACCUUUGAAAUCAGUGCUUCAGAUAAGAAGAAGAAACAAGAGUGGAUUCAGGCCAUUCAUUCUACUAUCCAUCUGUUGAAGCUCGGCAGCCCCCCACCACACAAAGAAGCCCGCCAACGCCGGAAAGAACUCCGGAAGAAGCUGCUGGCCGAGCAGGAGGAGCUAGAACGACAGAUGAAGGAGCUCCAGGUGGCCAAUGAAAACAAGCAGCAGGAGCUGGAGACCGUGAGGAAGAAACUGGAAGAAGCAGCAUCUCGUGCAGCAGAAGAGGAAAAGAAACGCCUUCAGACUCAAGUGGAACUGCAGGCCAGGUUCAGCACAGAGCUGGAGCGAGAGAAGCUUAUCAGACAGCAGAUGGAAGAACAGGUUGCCCAAAAGUCCUCUGAAUUGGAACAGUAUUUGCAGCGAGUACGGGAGCUUGAAGACAUGUACCUAAAGCUGCAGGAGGCUCUUGAGGACGAGAGACAGGCCCGGCAAGAUGAAGAGACAGUGCGGAAGCUUCAGGCCAGGUUGUUGGAGGAAGAGUCUUCGAAGAGGGCUGAACUGGAGAAGUGGCACUUGGAGCAGCAGCAGGCCAUCCAGACAACUGAAGCGGAGAAGCAGGAGUUGGAGAAUCAGCGUGUCCUGAAGGAACGUGCCCUUCAGGAGGCCAUGGAGCAGCUGGAGCAGCUUGAGUUAGAGCGGAAACAAGCGCUUGAGCAGUACGAGGGAGUUAAAAAGAAGCUGGAGAUGGCAACUAAUAAGACCAAGAGCUGGAAGGACAAAGUGGCCCAUCAUGAAGGAUUAAUUCGACUGAUAGAACCAGGUUCAAAGAAUCCUCACCUGAUCACUAACUGGGGACCUGCAGCUUUCACCCAGGCAGAACUUGAAGAGAGAGAAAAGAACUGGAAAGGGAAGAAGACCACAGAGUGACUGCAUGUGACUGAAGUCACAUCAGUUGUGUAGAUACUGCAUGGCAGGAGAGCUUUAUGCUAAAGACAAAAGAAAUGGGCUUUGCUGCUUCUAACUCUUCUUCCUUGAGUGCCUCUAAUUGGGUCCAUACUCCUAAGGAAGCCUUCCUAUUUAUCUUCCUGAGAAAAGAGAGAUAAAAAAUACUUUCUUUGAAAAUUUCUUCAGCUUCUGAAAAUUACCUUUUAGUUCUCUCAGAUUUUUCUCCGAAUGAGGCAGUGUGCAGACAGCAGUCAACUCCAUCAUCUGCAGCACUUGGAGGGGUGUGGGGCGCAGGUGCUCAGUAUCACUGGACAAUCAGAACCUCUUUGGACCUGGAUGUCAGCUUUUUCCUUUGGCAGAAUGUUUUUAAACUAGAUUGGCCAGUCUGCUUGCCAUUCCAUUCCAGUUGACGUGAAGCGCCUUUGACCACUGGUGCUCUGAUGGAGAAGUCACGGAGCCACUGCCUUUCUAGGUUGCCCUUCUGGAACGUGACCUGGUCAGUGGAGGUUUUCUAGCUUCUACUAAGAUGUUUCUUCCCUAUCCAUCAUACACUGGCUUGUAUCAUUCCCAUGUCCUUUCCCCUCACCUCAAAGGAAAACAUCCCUUUGCUCAUUACUCUCAACCUACUUUUCUCUCUCGUUCUUUCUUGCACUCUCUCUCUAGCAAAUGAUGUGCUACCAAGUAUAUGCCAGGCUGUGAGAGGAUUAUGUUAAGGAGUGGAAAAGCCAAUUUGAAAUAAAAAUUAUUUGGAUAAUUUAUAAAGCAGAUUAUAUGCAUAUGGACAAUGGGAGGUUGACGUUUGCUAGAUUCAAAAUAUGAAGAUAAUGGUAUGUCCUUACUGAGCCAUGAUGUUAACCUUUGUUAGGUGGGCAGCUUUUCUGCCUUUUCCCUCCUUCCAUGGGUGACAGUAGAGGAAAUAUCCAAUAAAAAUAAGUGUAACAGGGAAAUUUGGAUCAUAGUUUCUAUGCAUCUGAUUUGAAAGGAAUAUUGAGGAAGGUUUUCAUAUAUGAUUUAUCUUUGGAUAGAGAGUAUUAUUCAUGAGAUCAAGCCUUCCAACAACUUAGAAUUUAUAAGCAGCAGUAGUAACUCUAUGGACAGCAAUAAUACUUAAAAUUAUAAAUAAAUUUGGGGAUAGUUCAAUUGUUGCUAAAAAAAAAAAAAGAGGCAGAAUUCAGUGGCAUAAUUAAAGUCUCUCUCUCUCUCUACAAGUAUUAAAUGAGGACCGAGAAUCUCACGUGUCCUUAUACUAGUGCUUGCAUAAAAGUAGUAAGGAAGCUAUUCCAAAAAGAUGUACACAUCUAGAGAAAUGGUUUUAGAGAUUUCAAUGUAUAUAUUUGUUUACAUGAGAGGAAACUGGAAUAUAAUCCCAUAAAUUACCACCUUUAAUGACUGGAAAAUAUUUGCCAAUGAAAUGAUCUUUAGAAAUUUAUCUUAAGGUUUUUAGCUGUUUAAUAAAAAUGUAACUUUAUUUAAUGAUUUCUUAUAGUUGCCUUUAUAAAGUUUAGAUUAUGAUCUAAAAUAUCUUUGUAUCAUGUGCCUUCAAAAUUUAACAGCUGAUUUGGGUGCUGGUUUCUGCUCAGCUCCUUAUCAGUAUCAUCAUUUUAUUUAGUAGCUGGGAGGUAUAUCAGAUCAAGACCUAGAUGAGAAGUGGAACCUUUCCCGUGGUUUGUUCACACAUCACACCAGGGUACUCCAGUAUCCCUCAUUCCAAAUUAAGAAAAAGAUACUUCACAAAGAGGCUGAUGACCUAUGUGAAAUCUAUGGGGUGGAAACAGUAUGGGCUUGGGAGUCUAAUGGCCUGUGCAUGGUGGGGAGGGUGGUGGUGGAAUAAACGUGAAUUUCUACUUUUGGGAAGUGGUGAAAUAGGCCAUGUACCUUUGCAGAAUGUCCUUCCUUAAACCUGGCUUGUGCCACAGCUACUGCUGAAAACAUGACCUGGGGCUUAUAGGCUUCCAUGGACCUUCACUGUCUGGCCCUGAGGACUGCCUGCUUUCUGGUCUCAUAUGGACUUUCACUUGACCAAGCAGUUCUAUGUGGUUGUGCAGAAGCUUUCUAUUUAAUGCACUGUGUUACUGGUUUACAUCCUGGCUUCGAUGGCACUGUCUCCAGGAGGCAAAAAUCCUUUAAAACAGUGCUUUUCCUAAGAUAGAUAUUAACGAAUCAAAGCACAGAAAUGAACUGAGUAAAUCCCAUUUGGAAUGAUAUUUUCAUACUAACUGAAUUCUUCCUAAUAUUUAAAAUGGUGUCAACUGUCAAAGUGCUAACGGAACCCACGGUGGUUUUACUUUUGUAAUUACUGUACAGAAAAUCUAAGAAGCGUUUGAGUGCUUGUCAUCAUCAGGCCUUUUCCUCAGUAAGUAGGGAGGGAUAUGAUCUUUUAUAGGAAUUAUAUGUGAAAAAAGUUUUUAAAAUGUAUUUUUGUGAUACGCUAUGUUGAGAGGAAACCAAAUAUUUAUAAUCUUCAAACAUUCUUAUUGAAACAUUGUGUAAUGUAAUAUGCUCAACUUUAAUUUUUUGCUAAUUUUUCUAAGAUAUAUUAAAAAUGUUUUGUAUGUUUUUUUAGUAAAAUGGACCCAGUAAGAAAAUUAAAAUACCAGAACAACAUACAUUUUAAACUGAUUUAAUAAAACAGUGGGGUAAA